GACUCCUCUAAGAGUUCGUGUUCAGUUUCGUGCGGGUAUAGUAGGGGCAGAAGACUCGACAAUAUCGCGCUGUAACUGCGCGACUAGACAUCGCCGACACGUUGUGCUGCAGGGGAGUAUUACUUGUGUCAUAGCGCUGCCCCCACAGCAUUUUCACGGGUCAAUUCGCCCUAGAAGCUUCAAAAAGCUCUCGCAAAGCCCAACAGGCUCUCACCGCUUCUCACAAGGCGCAAAAACAAAAUGGCAACAGCCGUCGCCCCGAGAAUAGUAGGCCUGGAGGACAACGAGACGACGCUCGACCUGCCCGACUCUCUCAGAAACACGGCCGACGCGAAGCGCUCGUUCCCGGCUUUAAAUUACGCCUUCGCGGCGGGCCACGCCAUCGCGCUCGAGUCCGACGGCGCCGGCGCGCUGAGCAUCCGCGUGACGAACCCCGGCGGGCUCGUGCACUCGCAGCAGCUGACCAAGGGCCCGGCGUCGGUGUUCCUCCAACAAAACGACUUCAACCUCGGCUUCUCGCUCUGCGACCUCAGCAACAAGUACAAGCAGGCCAUCUACGGCGUCGAGGACGACGAGCUCGAGGGCUGGAUGCCGACGGAGCACUCGCCCUACUUCGCCUUCGAGACAAAGUACACGAAGGCGUCCAAGCGGCUCAUGACCGCGAAGACGUCGCUGACGCUCGCGACGGCCGGCUGCGCGCUCGACGGGAAGGCCUUCGAGGCCUCGAGCUUCGUCGACGCGCUCGAGGCCGUCGAGGCUCAGUGCUAGACUGAGGGUUCGCAUGAAUACUCACUAAGUACCUGUACGCUGA